AGAGAAUCAAAACAAUCUUCUGGAAAGUCUCAUUAAUAGCGAGCUAACCAGCUAAAACACGUUAGCUACAGACAAGUGUGUCAAAACUUGUUUCCAAAUUGUAUUCGAUCACUAUUUAAUAUCCGAGACGUAUUUUGUGAUGUUACAUUUGAUCAUGGAGCGCUCUCAAAAGUUCCGGUUUUCCUACAACUUUUUUUGGUCCGUUUUCGUGGCAUAGCUGUAAAGCUAUCAUUGCUAGAAAUAUCAUUUAGUUAGCUUAGCAUUCGUCGCCCCAACAAAAAGCCCAGCCUCCUCCGUGCACUGUCGGACGGCAGAAGUUUGUAACUUUACUCACUGUUUGGUUGACAGCUACAACCUCAAAAUGUCUAUACUGGGUUUAAAGAAGAAACAGCCCAAGACUUUUAAAGUCAAAGUUAUCACUAUGGAUGCUGAAAUGGAAUUCAGCUGUGAGGUGAAAUGGAAAGGUAAGGAUCUGUUUGACCUGGUGUGUCGCACUGUAGGCUUGAGGGAGACUUGGUUUUUUGGGCUGAGAUACACAGUAAAGGACACUUAUGCUUGGCUGAAAACAGAGAAACGGGUCUUGGACCAGGAAGUUCCCAAGGACUCCCCAAUAACAUUUCAUUUCUUGGCUAAGUUCUUCCCAGAAAAAGUAGAAGAAGAAUUGGUCCAAGAGAUUACUCAGCAUCUCUUCUUCUUACAGGUGAAAAAGCAAAUAUUAGAUGAAGAGAUAUUCUGUUCCCCUGAAGCUUCUGUUCUGCUGGCAUCAUACGCUGUUCAAGCCAAGUAUGGAGACUAUGACCCAAAUUUUCACAAGCCAGGCUUCCUUGCACAAGAUGAGCUUUUACCAAAGAGAGUUCUGAUGCAGUAUCAAAUGACAGCUGACAUGUGGGAGGAGAAGAUCACAGCUUGGUAUGCAGAGCACAGAGGCAUUGCCAGGGAUGAGGCAGAGAUGGAGUACCUAAAGAUUGCUCAAGACCUCGAGAUGUAUGGCGUGAGCUACUUUGCCAUAACUCAAAAUAAGAGGGACACAGACCUGUUGCUCGGUGUGGAUGCUCAGGGUCUUCACAUCUACAGCCCCAACAGCAAACUCAACCCCAACAAGUCUUUUCCUUGGAGCGGCAUUCGCAACAUCUCCUACAGCGAAAAGGAGUUCACAAUCAAACCUCUGGACAAGAAAAAAGAUGUUUUCAAGUUUUACUCAUCUCAACUGCGGGUCAACAAACUGAUUUUACAGUUGUGUAUAGGUAACCACGAUCUAUUCAUGAGAAGGAGGAAGGUUGACUCCAUUGAGGUGCAGCAGAUGAAGGCUCAAGCUAAAGAGGAGAAGGCCCGCAAAAAGAUGGAACGUCAAAUCCUGGCCAGAGAGAAACAGAUGAGGGAGGAGGCAGAGCGAGCAAAAGAAGAGAUGGAACGAAGGCUUUUCCAGCUCCAGGACGAGGCCCGACUGGCCAAUGAGGCGCUGCUGCGUUCUGAGGAGACCGCAGACCUACUGGCAGAAAAGGCCCAGAUUGCUGAAGAGGAGGCAAAGCUGUUGGCUCACAAAGCUGCAGAGGCUGAGCAAGAGAGGCAGAGGUUAGAGGUCACAGCCUUGAAAACUAAAGAGGAAAAAAGACUGAUGGAGCAGAAGAUGAGGGAGGCGGAGCAGCUGGCUGUCAAACUCGUAGAGCAGUCUGAGAGGAGGCUGAAGGAGGCAGAUCACCUGAAACAGGAUCUGACUGAGGCGAAGGAUGCGGAGCGCAGAGCAAAACAGAAGCUGUUGGAGAUCACCAAAACAACAUAUCCACUCAUAGCAGCCUAUUCCACUCCCCCUGCUCCUCCUGAAGCGUCCAACUUCGCCUAUGAAACAUCAUCUUCGCGUCUGGACUUUAAAGACUCUGACAUGAAAAGGUUGUCAAUGGAGAUCGAGAGAGAGAGGCUGGAGUACAUGGAGAAAAGUAAACACCUGCAGGACCAGCUGAAGGAGCUGAAGUCAGAAAUUGAGUCUCUGAAGCUGGAGGAGCAGCAGCAGCAGGCCGGCCUCUACAGCCUCCACGGUGAGGCGAGGGGAUACGCACAGGAGCCUGUGUACAUACCUCACAGCAACGUAUAGAAACUCUGCGUACAUGUCUCAGAUGGCCUUUUAUGAAGAGGUGUGAUCUACUCGCACAAGAUGAGGAAUAUCAGCAGAUAUCAGCUCUUGCGCCUCAGUUCUUCUAAAACAUCUCAAAAUAUUAAUCUUCGUCAGCAUACACUACGGCCAUGUGCCUUGGAGAGACUUCAUAUCCACUCUCACUGCCCGCAGAACCACACGUUACACAAAAGCACCUUCUGCUCUUUAUACACAGUGAACACUGCUUCGAUAUGGUGCUGAAGACGGAUCUGUGAUUGACUUUGAUUUGAUUUUCAUGAUGGUUUUUUUGUGGUUUUAAGGGAUUCUUAGCUCUGAGAUGGUCAAAUCUACCAUAUAUAAUAAUACAGUAUAAGUCUGAAUAAGUGCCUUUUGGGAUUUAACUUUUUGGUACAAAAUAAGUUUGUCAUUUCAGUCUUGAGUUCCUGCAUCAUAUGUAAUUUGGUAUAUCUUUUUUUAUCAGGACAGACAUUAUUGCACAUGAAAGCUUUUGGCAUUUCCAUUUUUAACUGGUGGUGUGUUUGUAAAAUUGGGUCUUAAAUAUCAACAUUUCACAUGAUGCAUUUCCAAGCUGUUGCUGAGUGUAGCCUUGAACACUAAAAGUAAUUGUUCAAUCCAAUGUGUGUUAAAAUAGUAAAAAAAAAAAAAAAAAAAAAAAAAAAAAAAAAAGGGUAAGCAGGCAUGUGCAGGGAUGUUGACAACAUAUUUAAUUCAGUAUUGGCUCUUUCUGUUUCAUUUGUAUGUGCGAGGUGUUACUUUUGGUUUAUGACUUGUCUGUACUGACCCACACAGGUGCCUGUAUCGUUUCUAUUGCCUCAUGAUGGUAGUUUAUAGAAAUACAGUACAAUUACAAGCUUGAGCUCUGCCAUUUUAAGGUUUUAUGUUUUGUACACUAGACUGUUAUGUGCCUUGAAUUAGACUUUUUUUUUUACUGUUAGAAUGUACUAAGUGUCGUUCUUCUCAUUGCUGACAACUUACAGAAUAACACAAAUAGCUCUUGGUGUCUGUUUUAUCUCACCAGGGUUUCUCAGGGUUUGUCAGAGACAAUCACUACGUAUCUAAAGGUGUUUUCCCCUGAGAAUUACAGUAAUGUUAAACUAACUUUAAAAUGAAUGCAUUUGUUUAAAUAGGUUAUAACAAAGAUUCCUGUCAACAGUGGAAGAUAACAUUUAUUUUAGCCACACUCCUUAUUAAAUAUAUUGCUAAAAAGGGAGAGACUGAAAGCCAAAAGUCUGACAUGCUAGAUCAGAUUAGCUUAAAUAUUAGAUUUCAAUAAAGACUUAAAUGAUCAGUUCAAUAUUGCCCUUGUGGUUUGAUUACAAAAUGAGUGAAUUUUGGAUUUAGAUAACUGUAGAGUGUCAGAUGUCAGUGAAAAGAUUAUUUUUGUUCACAACAAACUGCUUCAGUUUUCACUUUUAUUCUUAUUUAUUUAUGCCUCAUAAGAGUACGCUAUCACCUUUGACAUCCUGUUGACGUAUAUUUUUAUGGGGGGGGGUCUUUUGGGAAUUGUAAUUCAUUGUUUUGUUGUUUUUGUCUAUGUCCAUUGGAAUUUCUUGCUUGAAAUUCAUGUGCAGUGUUAAAAACAUUUCAUUUCUCACAUCAGAAAAAAAAGGAAGUGACAAAAAUGUUUAAAUUCAGGUGCACAGCAUUGUUUUGUUAUUGAUUUGUAACCUGUUUAGUAGCUUAUUACAGCGAUUGUAUUACACUAUUUCUCUGUGUUUUUGCUGUGUCUGUUUAGGAUUUUUCUGAGUAAAGACUGAAUCUUUAUUAACUGCUCUUGUGUAUCAACAAAAUGCAGCCAUAGUGUGUAAACAGCACUCGCUUCACAAGUACAGACGAUUAUAUUAUAGUCCAGAAUUCAUAAAGUCAGAGCACAUAUACUGGCAAUCAGAAAUAGCAAUAAAAGUCAGCAAUAAAAGUAGUAUUA